AUGUCUGCGGCCACCCAUGCGUCUGCAGGCCCCUGGUCGAAACUCCCGACGCCGUUGACACCAUGGAUCCUAGAUGUAGUCCAGUCCGGCAUGGGCCACACGGGCAUGACACCCGUACAAGCUUCUGCGAUCCCACUCUUCAUGAAGAAUAAAGACGUCGUAGUCGAAGCCGUCACCGGAUCAGGCAAAACUCUUGCUUUCGUCCUUCCCAUUCUCGAGCGUCUCGUACGAAGGGAACGACCGCUGCGCAAAAACGAGCUUGGCGCACUCAUCAUCUCUCCUACAAGAGAACUGGCUUCCCAAAUCCACGCCGUAAUCAAGCUCUUCCUCGAUUCCCAACCCGCACGAGACGAUGGAGAAGAUGGCUCGCCCUCCGCCCCGCAAUAUCCACCGCCACUAUUACUCGUGUCUUCCUCUACUUCAUCGCCCGCUCAAGACGUCCAACGUUUCCUUGAGACACGUGCCGACAUCGUCGUCGGCACACCCGGGCGUGUUGAAGAGUUUCUACUGGGUCGCGGCCGCGCGGCCGUGAGCGCCAAGGAGCUUGAGAUACUUGUGUUGGACGAAGCAGACCGGCUGCUUGACUUAGGCUUCCAUCAAAGCAUCACACGCAUUCUCAACGCGCUUCCGAAACAGCGUCGUACGGGACUCUUCAGCGCCACAAUGACAGACGCCGACGCGCUCUCCGAACUCGUCCGCGCAGGGCUGCGCAACCCUGCACGCGUAGUCGUGAAAGUCACCGCUAAGCGCGCGGCGGCCUCGGGCGGUGCGGCAGCGCCUAUUGAGGAACGACGCAUACCGGCGAACCUCAAGAUUUACGCCAUAACCUGCCCACCGGCUGCCAAGCUCGUCCAACUCACGCGAAUAAUCGCACACGAAACGGCGACCCACGCUUCAUCCCGCAUGAUCGUCUAUCUAUCAACAGCAGCUCAAGUUGACUACCUCUACCGCAUCCUCCCUCGACUAUUACCCAAGUCCCACCACCUCUUUACGCUACACGGGCAUCUUCAGCCCUCCGCUCGCACGAGAACCUUAACAACCUUCUCCUCGCAUCCCGCGACACCUCAGUCGCCUGCGAUACUACUUGCUACGGACGUAGCCGCGCGCGGACUUGAUCUACCGGACGUAGACGCUGUGCUACAGCUUGAUGCGCCGGCGGAUGCACGAGCGUUCAGUCAUCGGUGUGGGAGAACGGCUAGGGCGGGCCGGAGUGGGCGCGCGUGGGUGCUGCUCGCGCCCAGCGAAGACGCAUAUGUCGAGUUCUUGGGUGUGCGGAAGAUCCCCGUCAGAAGGAGAGGGAGGAUCAGGGAGGAUGGGACAUUUGCGGCCGUCGAGGAGAAGAAGGAAGGAGACAGUGCGAUGCUCGUCGACGGCGACGAGAAAGCCAAAGCGGAUGGAGUGGAGAAUGGAACUCAAGAAGUAGCGGAGGAUCCAGACGCAAAUACUGUUGCGAAAUUCGAGUCGAUCAUCCGAACCCAUCUACUCACGGAUCGUGACCUCUCCGACCGCGGAGCCCGUGCCUUCGUUUCAUUCGUGCGAGCGUACGGUACACACGACGCCGGCUUCCUCUUCCGCGCGACAGCUCUGGACCUUGUUGGACUCGCCCGCGCGUAUGGUCUAUUACGUCUACCGCGUAUGCCUGAGCUCAAAGGGCGCGAUACCUCGAGCUGGAAAGACGCAGAUGUUGAUUGGGAGGAGUAUGCGUACAAGGACGAGAAGCAGGAGGCGAAGAGGCGAGCUGAAGCUACAAAGAGAAAAGAAGAAGGGCAGGAGAAGCGGGAGAGCAAAAAGCGAAAGGUCAUGGAAGCGCCAUGGAGUGACCAGACGAAGAGGAAGGAAGGGAAGUUGAAGAGGAAAGAGAAGAAGAUUGCGAAAAGGAAGUGGCUCGAUGUACAGAAGAAGGCGGGUGGGGAGGGUACGGCGGACGCCGAGAGCGGGGAUAACGGUGAUGGAAGCGAUAUUGACGACGGGACAAAGCUGCGUGAAGGCGCUGAAGGGAGUGACGGAGAGGAGGAGGCCGCGGAUUGGAAAGAACUGGAGCGUGAGGAGCGCGCGGCGAAGAGGGCGAAACGGAGUGGUGCUACGCAAGUCGCGCUUGAGGCCGACUUCGGGGACCUGUAA